AUGAUCUCUUCCGCCCACGUGCCAUCCUCACUGUCUCCCAACUCAUUCGGCAACAAGGCCCUCACACCGGAGAAUGGAGGGCAGAGAGAGGAACUCUUCUCCUUCCAAGGAGAACCCUACCUCUCCCCUCCAAACGACCACACCAAGCCCCGCAAGAGCAAACUGCGCUUCAAGAAUAGCUCACGCUCCAAACACCACCGCCGCUCCCCAAGCACCGAACGCAAGCACGACUCUCACCACCACUCGCGCUCCAGGCACCGCCACCGCUCCUCCCGGUCCAGCCACACUCAACCCCAAUUCCAGGACAGCCGCGAAGUAAGCCCCGAGACCGCCUUCCGCGAAUCCCUCUUCGACGCCCUAGGCGACGAUGAAGGCGCCGACUACUGGGCUUCUGUCUCCGGCCAACCCAUCCACACAUAUGCCGUGCCUGAAGUGCCCAAGGGCCCUGACGGACAUCUGGAGCAGAUGGACGACGAGGAGUACACCGCCUACGUGCGCGCCGAGAUGUGGAAGCGCACGCGCGAGGGCAUGCUCGAGGAGCAGGAGCGGGUCCGAGCUGCGCGGGCGCGAGAGCAGGAGCGGAUGCGGAUGCGCCAGGAGGAACUGAGGGGGACGAAGCGGCAGCGCGGGCAGGCUGACCGCGAGGCGUUUGAGAGGGUCUUCAGCGGGAGUCUGCAGCGCGGGGAGAAGAGGAGGAUGAAGAAGAAACAAGAGGAGAUGUGGGAUACCUACGUGAAGAGGUGGAAGGAGGUUGAGAGGGCAGCGGAGGCAGCGGCGAAGGGGGAGAGGGGAGGCCAGCCGCUUCGCAACUUGCUGUUUUGGCCGGUGGAUUCAGGGAAGAGGAGGGAUGUGCAGCCGGAUGCUGUGCAGAAGUUUAUGAAGGCUGCCCCGGGGGAAGAUUUGUUGGCGACGCUUAAGGCGGAGCGAAUUAAAUGGCAUCCUGAUAAGAUCCAGCAUCGGUUCCAUGUGCUGGGGAUUGAUGAGGUGGUCCUGCGGAGUGUGACGGAGGUUUUCCAGAUCGUGGAUCGGAUGUGGAACGAGGAGCGUGAGAAGGCCAAGUGA